AGCUUGCAAUGGCAGUUUUAUUGUACUUGAGUGGAGCAAAUCAAAUACUAAUUUUGGCUGCUUUCUUCGUACUUGACAAGUGAGCUUGUUUAUAUAAAAUCUCUCGGCUUGAAUUCCUGCAAUGCGCUCUUUUGUGAUUAUAAUUUUGCCUUAGUCACAUAUGAGAAGAAUGAUUCCAGUUUGACUCUACCAAACACCACAGAUCUUUGUAGUAAAACUGGACCAUUAAGAGAUGAACCUUCUCGAGAGAAAAGUUUAGCACUGUAGAUAGAGCUAUCCAGUGUAAAAUUUAGUUAGUUUAGUAUAGGUUUCCUCCCGUAGUAUCAAUGAGAGAUGAUCCUUACUGGAAUUCUAGGGAGAACAGUUUAGAAAUAAUAGGGCUAUCCAGUAUACUGUAAAUAAAGUUAGUUUAGAUUAGUUUAGGUUUCUUCCUGUAGUAACACUGGAUCAAUAAGACAUGAUCCAUACUGGACUUCUAGGAAGAACAGUUUAGAACUGUUAGAGUUAUCCAGUAUAAAUAAAGUUAGUUUAGCUUAGGAUCCCUCUUGUAGUAACACUGGAUCAAUAAGAGAUAAUCCUUACUGGACCUCUAUAGGGAAAACAGUUAGGAACUAAUAGAGCUAUCUAGUAUAAAUAAAGUUAGUUUAGUUUAGGUUUCCUCCUGUAGUAACACUGGAUCAAUAAGAGAUGAUCCUUACUGGACCUCUGGGAAGAACAGUUUAGAAGUGAUAGAGCUAUCCAGUAUAAAUAAAGUUAGUUUAGUUUAGGUUUCCUCCUGUAGUAACACUGGAUCAAUGAGCUUACUGGACCUCUAGGUAGGACAGUUUAGAACUGAUAUAACUAUCCAGUAUAAAUACUGCGGAUUUCGAUUUACCGUUCGAUCUCGUCUUUGGCAACAUUUUGAUAUAUAAAGCUUUGUGGAUCAUUUCAUGUUUUUAUUGAUAUUUUGGAAAUUGUAGCGUAUAAAAGGCUUCAAAAUCAUUUACUGGCCUUUUAUACGCUACAAUUUCCAAAAUAUCAAUAAAAACAUGAAAUGAUCCACAAAGCUUUGUAAAUUAUAUAUCAAAAUGUUGCCAAUGACGAGAUAAAUACGAAUAUAACAGUUACAUUCACAAAUGAUAAACAACGGAUAAGAAAACAACGGACAAAGACCACUAGACUUCACUUAGUAACAUUGACAUUGGCCCUUAGCAACUUGUUCGUUUUAACGGGAAAACAAUCACUGGAAACGGAAGCCCUGAAACGGUAAAUCGAAAUCCGCAGUAAAGUUAGGUUUAUCAGAGUAGCAAAACAACUAUUAUAUAACACACUCUGUUACUAUUUCGUUUUUCAGAAGUAUUCCGAGUGCGACGUUCUCACAGUUCAAUAUGCCGCUGUCAGACAUAAUUGAUGAUGACCUGGUCAAGUAUAGUCGAAGGUAAAAAUAAAGCACACCAUUGCCAAAGGUAGCAUUGGAUAUUAAGUUACGAUUCUUAUAACAACUUUCUCAUGUUUUAGUUCGCCAGUCUCCUCUCUUGUGUACGGCACCAAUGCUCUGUUCACGAAACCUGCACAAUCCUUUGCUCCCAUGAUGAUUGUCGCUAUAUUAUCCAGUUAUGGCUAUCAGGUGGGUCAUGUUUUGUUGUGAAUAGUUCUAUCAGUUCUAAACUGUUCUUCCUAGAGGUUCAGUAAGGAGCAUCUCUUAUUGAUCCAGUGUUACUACAGGAGGAAACCUAAACAAAACUAACUUUAUUUAUACUGGAU